AUGGAUGAUCUGCAGUCACAGAACCUCUCCAUGGACAUGACCAACUCCUCUCCUGCCUUGGCCAAUAACAGACUGGAGAAUGGUAUGGCCCAGCUGAUCACCACAGAGGCCUGGAACAUCAACUCCACAGACCUGGUAAAGAAGGCACUGGUGACGGUGCCAGCCCCAUCCAUUCUGAACCCCCCAGCUGAGUCCCAGAGCGGCAUGGCUCUAAAAGUGGCGGCCACCGUGUUGCAGCCCCUGUGCCUUGGGGAGAGCCCGGUGGUGAUGCCCAUUCACAUGCAGGUGGAGGGAAGCACUGCACCGGAGCUCAACCCUAAUGGCAAUGCCACCUAUGUUAUGACCACACAGGGCCCUGUGCAGCUGCCCGUGGUGCUGGAGCAACAUGUCUUUCAGCACCUCAACUCUCCUCUAGUCCUGCCACAGGAGGCCCCAUGUUCCUCCAAUGCCAUCCACAACAACCUCUUCCAAGCAGCAGAGGACCCCGAGGCCCAGCCCCAGCUCCUGGACUUGCGAAUCCCCAGCCAGCCACAGGAGCCCACGUUGCCAUUUGAAGCUGUGCUCCAGAAUUUGUUUCCCUCACAGAGCACUCUUGGCUCCCCACCCUGUCAGCCUCCUCCUGGAUAUGCCCCUGUGCCCCCCCAGCCCUUUAGCUCCCCAUUGUCCCCCCUGGUCCCGCCAGCCACCCUCUUGGUGCCCUACCCUGUGAUCGUCCCCUUGCCUGUACCCAUCCCCAUUCCCAUCCCCAUCCCAGUGCCUCAGAGUUCUGAGUCCAAGUUCAGCCCCAAUUUAUCCAAGCCGCCCUCUUCCUUCGGUCUACACCCUUUUAAAGCCACUCAGACCCCUCUGGAGAAGGAGGAACUGAAGCCCUUUGACAUCCUCCAGCCCAAGGAGUAUUUCCAGCUCAACCGCCACACAGUCAUCAAGAUGGGGAGUGAAAACGAGGCCCUGGAUCUCUCCAUGAAGUCAGUGCCCUGGCUCAAGGCUGGCGCAGUGAGUCCCCUGAUCUGCCAGGAGGAUGCAGCCCUAGACCUAUCUCUGGCAGCCCACCGGAAGUCUGAGCCUCCCCCUGAGACUCUGUAUAAUAGCAGCAGAUCAGUGGACAGCCCAUGUCACAAGGUGCAGGAGAAACUGCCCAGAGGCAUGGAGAUGCCCUUUGCCCCUGCCACACCCCAUGAAGUCUCAGCCAUGAGGGAUAGCCACCUGGGCAGCAGUGAUACCACCCAGCCAUUCAGCCAGCCCAGCCAGCCCAGCAGCGAGGUCAAGGCUGAAAAUAACAUUGAGAUGGUGAGCAAUUCCCAGGCGGCCAAGGUUAUUGUCUCGGUGGAAGAUGCCAUGCCUACUAUCUUCUGUGGCAAGAUCAAAGGCCUCUCAGGCGUGUCCACCAAAAACUUCUCCUUCAAAAGAGAAGAUUCUGUAUUUCAGGGCUACGACAUCAACAGUCAAGGAGAAGAGUCCAUGGGAAACACAGAGCCCCUUAGGAAACCUGUCAAAAGCCGGAGCUUAAAGUUCAAGAAAGUGAACUCCCAGGAAAUACACAUGCUCCCGAUCAAAAAACAACGGCUGGCCACCUUUUUUCCAAGAAAGUAA